AUGGCAAAUGCACCAGACAAACCAUCGCCCACCCCGCGUUUCGCCGCCCCCGCAGCAGCCUUAGCUGCACCACAACCGCCCGCCGUCUACCACCCUCUCGGCACUCCCACCAUCCCUACACGCAACCCCAACAGACCAUUCCCACCUUCACUCGUCCACCAACCCGCUUCCGCCACAAAUCACCCAGCUUUCCGAGCUAUCGGCAGUCCCGACCCCAACGCCCUCCACCACAUCUCGGCAGCGCCCCGCCGCGCGCCGCCGCCGCCGCCACAGCUCGCCGACCACCCCGCUCUACGCGCCCAUCCCGUCGCCAGCGGCGCGGGACAAGCAGGCGUGCCGGCACCGCCCGUGUACAGGCCGUCUGGGGCUGCGGCUCCUGAUGCCUCUGCUGCGAGACGCACCGGGGUUAAUGUCGGAGCUGUGCGGCGACGCUAUCGGCCGCAGCGGGUGCCGCGGUGCAGGAAGGUGCGUUUGGAUGGGCGGGAGUGCGGGAAUGUGGUUAUGGGUGGGAGGGAGUAUUGUUUUGCGCAUGGGGUGGGUGGUGGCGUGGUUGGUGGCGAUGGUAGCGAUGGUGGUGUGGUUAUCGUGGGGGGGCGGAAGCGCUGUGAGCGUCUUGGCUGUGCGGGCGGGGUUGUGGGGGAGAGUGCGUAUUGUCAGGAUCAUCAGUGGUUGUUGAGGAGAUUGAGGGGGCUGAACGGCUAG